AUGCUUGUUUGUGUAACCGUACUGCUGCUGCACACGGCUACGAGUGACUGGGUAGUCGAUCUCAAUUUGCCUUCGAAAUUGCUAGAGUAUACAAUUAGAAAUGAUCCUGUACUCAGAGAGAAAUGUCAAGAAGGAGGUUGUCCGUUCAAUGAAGACACUCUUUCCAACGGCCGUUGUUGGGGGUAUGAGAAGAACUGUUCCUUUGAGGACAGCUAUUCCGCAGAAUUUGGUUUUCCAAAAUGUGCGUCGGCUAAUAAGCGGAAAAGGUUUUUCGAUUAUGCUGACUUCGGUUAUGUCUUGAAGCGAAGUAAUAUCUACCAAAUCUGUUCUUCAUCACAUAAGGAAGGAAGCCGUUUGAGAUGUUCAGAUGAUCUGCGCUACUGUCAUGGGGUUAAUAUCUUUUUCCAUUUCAAGAGUUGGAAUGCUACAAACUCUAAACGGUACCGCGACGAUAUAGUACAACCCGGUGAAGUUGGAGGGAAUUGUGCUGAAUUAAAUAGGGAACUCCUUAGCAAAAAUCUGAAUGAGCGUGGUUAUCUACGAAGCUGGGCAGAUGAGUUGAAACAUUUCGUCUCGGUGCCGUCAUUUGUUGUGAAUUACGAGAACUGUGACAUAAUUUUCGAACGGUCAACAAUAGUGAUGAAACUGGACGCAUCUGUGAAUAUGUAUCACCAUUUUUGCGAUUUUGUUGACGUUGUGUGGUGGGAUACAUUUAGUGGUGGAUACGUAGAUGCUUCGUUUGGCGAAACCUGGAAGGUGUUUUCUAAUUCAAAGCCAGUUGAGCUGACCACGCUAGCCGGUCAUCGUGUGUGCUUCAGGAACGCUUUGUUCCCACUUUUGGCUAGACAGCGCUUCGGUCUCUACUACAACAUGCCUUUAGUAAGCAUUUUAAUGGCUUCACAAAAAUCAUUCGAAAAACCAUAA